GACAUGUUCCAAAAUGGAUUCUCAACAGACAGGGGUUCUGACCAAUGGUGGCUCAGAUAACAGGAGUGUCUGCCAAUCCUUGAAGAGAUCGGGGACUGUGCCAGAGAUCCAUGAGGAGCCAGUGGACUCCUUGAUCUUAUCCUGCCCACCAGGUAGCCUCCAAUAAUUCUCCCUUAUACAGGUGUACUCCAGUACAGGUGUCCAAUCAAAACCUUUUUAGGCCAAACGAGGAGGGGCUGGGAGAGCACCUGCGGGCUCAAACAACCAAUCACAGUCAAGACUGGACUUCUUGGUGUGUGCGAUCAACCAAUCAGAGUCAAAUCAGACAUUCCUGGAUUAUGCAACAGGCCAAUCACAGACUCUGCAGCUCUCAUCUCUACCAAAGACGUGCCUCCCUCUGAUUCUAAAGGGAGUAUGUUAGAAACCAGAGCUGUUUGGUCUGGGACCAGUUGAAAUGCCCUGACCUCCACUACUGUGACUGGUACGGGUCAGAUGGAGGAUGUGUGUGUUGAAGAGAUAAAACACACGGAGGAGCCUCUCUAUAGGAUGGAGACAGAAGAGAGGGAUGAGAGGAGAGAUGGAGAGAAGGAUGUUACACAACACAGGAACGGUAGUCCCAUUGUCCCUGAAACGCCUCUCAUCUCCGACACAGCCAAGGCAGAGAGGGAUGGAGGGAUAAGGGGGGAGAAAGAAAGGAAAGAUAGAGAGGAUGAGAGAGUGAUCCCUCUUUUCCUACCCCCUAGUCGAUGCCAUGGUGGAAAAGAGAGACCAGGAGAGGAUAGAGGAGAGAGAGCAGAGGCAGGGAAAGGAGUUUGGGGGAGAAGAGAAGAAGAGGAGGGAGAAGUAUUGGAUCUGAGCUUCCCUAAAAAGAGAGAGAUUAAGGAGAGGAGCCUUUGGCAUGAGAGCUCACUGCUUAUGGAGGUAGAUGAGGUAGAGGGGGAUGGAGAUAGGGACAUUGUAGAGGAAGAUGAUGGUGAUGAUGAAGAGGAUUCUAUAUUGAGAAUGGAUGGAGCUGACAUUUUGGGGGGACCUCUCUUGUCUCCCUUGUUCUUCUCUACCUCCGUUUUCACCUCCCUCUCUUCCAUAGACUCUGAAAGUGAAGGUCUUCUCCUGAUAGAUGACCAGGGUAUUCCAUACACACUCACCCCUGAGGGGCACAAAGUGCCCCAAAUGGACUCUUCCAGGCCAGACAACCCCCCCCCAAGCCAGCCAAAGGUGCAGUCCAACUCAUUGGAGGUAGAGGAUGACAGGUCGUCUCAUAUAACCACAGCAAAAAGCACUUACCUCAGCCGAGGUUUAGUAAAAACUCCACACACACACAAGGAAAACACAUGUCCCGCUCCUGUUACAUCUAUGAAACCCUCACAGAAGUCAGAACCUCAAAAAAAUACAGAACACUCAAAGAACCCAGAACUCUCACAGAAUGCGGAACCCCCUAAGGUUCUAGAUUCAGAUGUGAAAUCUGUUAGUGAGGCUAGUGCUGCUGUUUCCCAACCCUCUGGUUCUGCUGUACACCUCCAACCCCCUCAGCCCAUCCAGAUCCUUACUAACCUCUCCUCCAACACCCCCAUCCUCCUCUUCCCCUCCUCCCCCCAGCUCUCCUCCAUUCCCUUAACCAAGACUAAUACCAACCCAGGCCUCCUGGCCUUCUCUCUCCCCCUCUCCCUCACCCAGAAUACUCCCAGUGCCUCUACCUCUAUGUUCCUUCUCCUCUCCUCCUCCACCACCUCUUCCUCCGGUCAGUCUUUCUCUACCUCCACCCCCAUUGCUCUCAUUGACCCCUCCGCCGGUCAGCUCUCCCAAAUCACUGCCUCCUCUUCAUCCCCUCUUUCUCUUUCUCUCUCUUCUGGUCAGCUCGCCACAUCAGUGUCAUCCCUCCCGGCCAAUCCCUCCCACCCAGUUAUUAGAACGACACCCAACAACUCCCCUACCAUCCAAUCAAGAGAGAGUCCCAUUAACCCUCCCGCCCCCCUGACCUCCCCCUCUGUGGUCUCCUCCCCUCCCUCCAAGCAGCCCAGUGCUGAUGGCAGUUCUAAAGCAGUUCUACUCAGUUCACCUCCUCACAAACACACUGAGCCAAACUGUUGUGACCCCAACACCGAUCAUCAGUCACUAUCUAUUGAAGAAACCCAAAUGGAGUCUGUCCCAAAUGGGUCAUCUCCUACUAAAGCCCCUCCCCUUACACACCCGCAAUCCCCUUCUCUGUCCUUUGACUUCAGUUUGGAGGCAUCCGACCAAUCAAAAGCCCCAGAGUCAAAGCACACCUCCCUCCCAUGGGACGACCAUCUCUACUUCUCCUCUGCCACCGCUCCUCCCUCCCCUCCCCUUGCCCCCAUCUUCUCCUCCAGCGGACCCAGGAACCUGAACCCCCUGGACCCUCUGGACCCCCUGUCCCCAGCCUCCUCUCCCUCCUCUGGGCCACGAAGGGUCCUCUACUGCCCUCUCUGCCCCAGGAUCUUCUACUACCUGUCUGACCUGGAGCGUCACUCCAUCACCCACUCUCAGAACAAACCCCAUGUCUGCCUGCAGUGUGGCAAGGCCUUCAAACGCUCCAGCCAUUUGCAGAGACACAAGCACAUUCACACAGGCGAGAGGAACUUUGUGUGCCCCAUCUGCUCCAAGCGUUUCAGGGAGGCAGGCGAGCUGCAGCGCCAUCAGAGGGUACACACAGGAGAGAAGCCCUACCAGUGCCCGCUGUGCCACACACGCUUCGCCGAGCGCAACACCCUGCGUCGACACACCAGACGCAAACACCCUUACCACCAGGCAGCUAUGGAGAUGCUGUCCGAGAGAGGAGCAGGGGGAGGAGGAAGAGAAGGAGGGGAUGAAGAUGAGGGCACAGAAGAGUGGUAUAGUUCCACUGUGUCCAACUUGGACAACUCUGACUCUGAACCAGAUUCUGAGGUCACUUCCUGAGGCUGAUCCUCUUGAAUAAAGGAAAGGAGGAGGAGGAGGAGGAGGAGAGCAAAGGUGCUGUAGCUUCACUGUUUUCGACUUGGACAACUCUGACACUGAAAGGGAUUGAAAAUGACUUUUGAAUGAUAAGUACCAGAACAGUACUUUCCAAUGAGAACAUUGGUUAUAUUUAUUUAUUAAUUUCUCUUGAAUGUAUUUUAUUUCCAUUCCCUUACAGGGUCUGAAAAUGAUCACUGAUCUCAUGAAUAAUUUCCCAUCAAGUAUUCCUUCGAUUUUCGUUGUUUCCACAACUAUAGGGCGGAAAAUGUUAAUGGACAUUCUAAAAAGGUGACACUUUGACAUUCUGCCAUAACAAUACAUUUGCACUACCAAAGUACAAACAAUUAUGUUGUAAAAAGCGGUCACAAUGUUUUAUUGUAAAAUUGUUCUUUAUUACUAUAUAUUUUUCUUCUCUUGUGGGAGCUGUACUUACUAUUGAGUGAGAUUAUUAAACUUUCUUACUAUUAAAGACACUGUCGUUUGCACAUUUGAAAAUUUGAUUUUGUGUUCAAAUUUGAGAACAAUAGCCUCUAAUUUGUCCUUUUUACAUGGUUUUUACGUUGUGAUUUCUGCUGCCUAUGCCUUCAAAACAAGGUGCCCUAUUUUGUUAAAUGCAUAGAACCAAUUUUUUGUUUUGUUAAAUGCUUAGAACCAAUUUUUUGUUGUUGCUGAUUGCACCACUGAUGCAAUAGAAGCUUAUGAUAAAUGCUAAUCAUGUUAACUUAUUUCAGUUAAACCUCCCUGUGUGUGUACAGUGCCUUCAGAAAGUGUUCAUACACCUUGAGUUAUUUCACAUUUUGUUGUGUUACGGCCUGAAUAAAACAAUGUAUUAAAAAUAUUAUUUUCUCAUACACACAAUACCCAUAAUGAAAAAGUGAAAACAUGUUUUGAGAAAUGUUUGCAAAUGUAUUGAAAAUGAAAAACUGUUAGGAAUUUUAUGAAUAAUGACUAAACAAUGUGUACAUUUAAAAUAGAACUAUGACUAAUUACAAUAUCUGUUUUACAAUAUCUGAUUAAUAAUGUUAGUUCCUAAGAAAGAGGUUAUGUAGCAUGGACAAGGGGUAAUUGGAAAUGAUAACCAUUGUGGAAGAAGGAAUGUAUGUGUGUGUGUCUAAAGUAAGCAAAGAGAAUCAUUAACCUAUGUUUGAACUGACUCAGCUAUAACUCUGUGGAUAUAAAAUAAGACAGCGAGAGCCCCUCCAGGUUUUCCUUAUCUAGAACUGUCUGCUAAGUGGUAAUAAACUAUGGUGAGACUUCAGGAGUAAAUCCAGAUAUAGUGUGUCAGGUAUGUGCGCUUGUGAGUUGGAAUGAACUUUUGAAGCUGCUUUGUCCUGGUCGGAGAGGAGGAAGGACUUUUUAAAACCUAUGACGUCAUAUGUAAUAUAUAAACUGAUGUACAUGUUACUAUGAUCAGCGCUCUCGAGAAUAAAUGCUAUUGGCUAAUUUUGGUA